CGCGUUCGCUCCGCUGCCAGUGUCACGCAUUAGUUGCCAAGACAGCGUGUGAUUAUAGACUUAACAUUUUCUUUGUUCACUGGUCAGAUGAGGAGUAGAGCGCUAGUCGUGUAAAGAUGAUAUUUACGUUAUCAUAUCAAUAAGUUGUACAUUAUAAUAUAACACAUGGAUAACUACUAUCAGAUUAAUACGGACACAAGGCCAAAGCCAUGGUACACAAAGAUCUCUGUGGAGCCAGUGAUGUUUCUGUACAUGGCUUCGUACAUGCUGUCCACCGUGGUGGAGCAGGCAUUCUUUGUGCACAAGGCGUGUACCGUAGAUCUGCGUCUUCCUGCUGAUACCUGUGCUGCCAUCAACACUGAGGAGCACAAGGAGGACUACAAGAAAGUACAGAUAGUUGUAUCAACAUUCCACCAGUACGAGAGCUGGGCAAGUCAUGCUGUACCGAUGAUCUUAGCAUUCUACAUGGGAGCCUGGAGUGACAGAGUGGGUCGCAAACUGCCAAUGUUGCUGGGACUAGUGGGCAGUGUCAUCUACUGGGCAGCUCUCCUUCUCAACUCUCUGCAAGACUCAUGGUCCCUGCAGAUGGUCCUGUAUACAGCCACGUUUCCCGCAGCUCUGACUGGAGGUUCUCUGGCCAUAUUCAUGUCUGCGGUCAGUUACGUCUGUGAUAUCACCUCCCCAGCCGAGCGUACUGUCCGUGUCACAUUGCUGGAAGUGGCCUACCUCAUCACCAUGCCAGUUGGAGUUGCUGUAGGAUCGUACUUAUUCAAGCAAGUGAUGGGUCAGUCAUUCACCUGCAUGUUCCUGCUGAGUGGGGCUCUCAUGAUGACAGCCCUGAUUUAUGCCAUCCUGCGGCUCGAGUGGUGCACCAACAAGACCAAACAGACAGCACCAGUCAGCUGUGCCGGCACUGUGGUGGAUACUAUCCGAGUAGUCACCAAGUCUCGCACCAAUCAUUACUCCUGCUACCUCAGACUCAUCAUUAUCGCAAUGGCAUUCUACACAUUCCAGAGAGAUGAGAAAAACAUGGCUUAUCUAUACACAACGUUGAAGUUCAACUGGGAUAUCCAAACUUACAGUACAUUUCGCACAUUCCAAUCCUCUCUUUACAUUCUGGGCCUGCUGUUGGGAGCACCUGUAGUGGGGAAACUGCUUGGGCUAAGAGACACUGUCAUUGUGAUGGUAGGGAGUGUCUCGCAUUUUGUUGCUCGAGCUAUUUUUGCCACCACCUCUCACCCAGUUGGAUUUUACAUAGGGGCAACAUUGGGGGGUCUGGGACCUGUGACAGCCCCUGUGUUGAGGUCCAUCACUUCCAAACUAGUUCCAAUAUCGGAGAGAGGUAAAGCACUGUCUCUGCUGUCGGUAGCUGAUACUUCAGUACCCAUCAUCUCAGGUACAAUCUACAGUCAGCUUUACAACGCCACCAUUAACACUGUACCGGCUGCAAUCUUCUGGGUCACUGCCACCUCCCAGCUGCUAGUCUUCCUCUCUGCUCUGACAAUACAUUGCAUUCAAGGUGAACAGCCACUAGAGCAGGCCCAGGACCCACUAGAAGAGGCCAAACCUGUUUCCUCAGAAACAUAGCCUUCGAGAAUUUACUCUCAUCAUAGAUCUUCACUAUUCCACACCACAUUGUAUAAACAUAAACCGCUCAAUGACACAGUAUUUUGUGUGCUCAAUAUUGAUUCUUAAGAGGGGGAAGCAGUGAGGAUGCUUCUUAUAGUCUCCCAUAUCUUCCAGCACCGCAGAGGGAGCACAGAGCCAAGGGUCCUGUGUGUCCUGUCUCCAGGAGUCAAGCCGCCUUCGAAGACUCUCUACGACAUCCUGGACAUCCAUAUUAUAUCAGACCAUCUAUAAAGAGUUGGCAUUUUUAUUUAAAUCUAUUGCUUUUAUA